CACAGUCACUUUGUUUACCUAAACCAGCAACUUGACAAAAAAAAGGUGUUCAACCUUCAAACCCUCAACCUACCUCGAACCAGUGCCUCUUCGCCUUUCAGGACUACCACCACCACCACGGGACCCUCUAGUUUGCGUCCCCUCACCUACUUCAUAUAAUAUCAUCGACAAUGUCAGAGGACGCAGGAAGCUCGAGCACCAACCCUCGCACAGGUACGCCUGCUGCUACAGGUUCAUCUACAGGAAGUGCAUCAGGAAGCAUUGGCUCUCUUCAUACCCCAACUGGCACGCCCGCAGGACGGCUAACCUCCCUCCGUGGGGGACGUGGAGGUGCAGGUGCGGCCCUGGCUUCGAAUCGCGGUGGUGCCUCCAAGAUGAAAUUCACCCCAACAGUGCCAAGUAAACGUAACAAGAAGGAUGCUGCACCCUCUCUACUGGAAGAGGCUAGAGCUGGCGCUGGAUCAGAUUUUGGACGCGGUUUGAACCGUGGACGUGGCGAGCGUGGAGGCGCAAGGGGACGUGGUCGGGGAAGGGGUCGUCCCGAUGAAGUCAUGGCCACAGCUUCUGGACCCUUCUCACUUGGACCUGCAGCAUUCGCUCGCUCGAGGCAAGUCGCGACAGGUGGAGGCGCUAGUGGAGCACAUUCGAGCUACACGGGCAUUGAGACAAUCAAGGUCGAGGGCGGCGAGGGCUUGUCAGGCGAGGAUCGGGAUUACUAUGGGGCCUUGGCUGUUGACAUGAAGUUUGGAUCGGUCGCCACAGAUGCCUCUGUACCUACUGGAAUCGAGGGUCCAACUGACGAUAUCAAGAAUGGAACUCCCGGGGCUGGAUCUUCGAUUAAGACUGAAAAGAUGAAGGAGCAGGAUAUGGAAGACGUCGCUGUUGGUAGCGGUCCAAAGAUCAAGGAUUACGGUAUCAAAUCAUUCGAAGGCACAACAGUGGACGAAAAUGAGGGAGACGACGAAGAUAUCAAGCUAAAGCUGGAAGGACCGGCGCAGGAUCUGAUGCCCUCUUGGGCUGAGGAUCAAAUGUUCUUCUUCCAAUUCCCUAGUGUCAUGCCCUCGUUCAAGCCCAGACCUGUCACCGAUAUCCCCAUGUCCUCCGUUAUCUCCUCCUCAUCUUCGUCUCCAGCAUACAAUUCCCUUUACAGCACACCCGACGGCACAGAAAAGACGGAAGACUCUGAAGAUGGAUUGUUGGCAGUCAAAUCCGAGCCCAUUGAUGUGGAUCGACCGAUUUUGAUUCCAGACCAUGACCGGAAUUUAGCGCAGGUCAAGGCAGAACAGCACGAUGUCAAACUGGGAAUCGCCGCGAUGGACGGUGCUGGAUCCGGUAGCUCUGCGCCGGUCGGUCAGCGCGCGAAACCCAAGGCCCCAGCAACAGCAGGAGCGAAUGCGACUAACAACAAGGGUGCGGAAAAGGAGGAGACUGAGGAGAGUCAUCUGCAGCAGGAGGGCAAGAUUGGACGGCUACUGGUAUACAAGUCUGGCAAAGUCAAGAUGCAGAUUGGCGACAUUGUCAUGGACGUGUCUUCUGGAUCUGAAUGCUCAUUCUUGCAAGACGUGGUUGUCGUGGACUCGAACAACAAGCAGGCGUUCGUGAUGGGAUCUGUGCAGAAGAGGAUGGUUUGCGUGCCGAACUUGACGCAGCUGCUGAGUGGCCUUGAGGCCAUGGAUGUAUAGUUGUCGAAGGAAGGAAGAAAGGAAGGGCACGACUAGGGAACACGCUUUUCAUCACACUCUGCAUAGAAUAAAACGCA